AUGCUAGAAACAGAACACUGGUCGAUGAUGCGUGAGCUGCAUGAUCCAGAAGGUUCCCUCCCCUCUCUGGUGUCUAAAAGUCGACACAACAGAGGGGGGGUGUCUCUGCUCAGCUACCUGUCCCACCCCUCCCACACCGGCACGCCAAACCACAGCCAGCAGAGCCCCUACAGUCGCAUGCGGGCUCACAGCUACCCCUCCAGCUACAGUCAGGGCACCAGUCUGGGGGGAAGCCAGACUCAGCUGUCUUUCGAGGAGGAAGAGUCCCUGGAGGUCUCUACAGAGGAGGGGGAGACUAGGGAGGAGAAGGAUGAAGAGGAGGAGUGGGAAAGUGUGUUGGAUACUUCCUCCAUUCCGGCGCAGAGUAAAGCAGGGUCCCUGCUUGCUCUGCAGAGGUCCAGCACUCCUGACAUCCUCAGGAAGAACACAGCUGGAGAAGCAGACCCAGAGAAACACGGUGCAGCGCUGGGACAGGACACAGUCAGCGCUCAGGACUCCUCACAGUGUCAGUCAUAUUCUGCCCCCGCAUCACCGACAUCCCGUUCUCAACCCCCGGUCACACCUCCUUCCUCCCCCCUGGCUGCUGCUCCAUCCCCGGGGGGGCUGGGGGGGAGCGGCGCCCAUCGGAGGGCCCAGGCUGUCAGGCUUGGAGCCCUGUUCACAGAGCUGGAACAGACGUUACAGAACCAGAGCGGCUCUGAGAAGGAGCUGAGGGCCCUGGACCACCAGAUACUGCACCUGGCUACCAUCCUGAAGAACGACCUCUCCCUGCUCAGAAUUUCUUCCACAGAGGAGACUCUGGCUGUGGAGGAAGUCCUGGAAAGCUUUGACUUCCUGUCAAAUGACUUUAAUGCGGAUGAUGACACUUCCUGUUUAGGUAGCCUAAGACUAAAAGACAGUGGCAUCAGUUCUUUGCAGCAGAGCACUGCAAAGAGUCUUGGCUUCCAAUCAACUUCAGAGGAAGAGUUGGUCAUCACACCUCUGACUUCUGGGAAUUGGGGUCUAGACCAGGCUCUUGAGAGUCACCUGGAUAUUUGUUGUAUCCUGCUCCAGAGGAUAACAACCACCGACUUCGGCCCAUCUCGGAGGGAGCUGCUGGAGGAAAUGUCUCUGCAAGCUGAAGUCCUGGACAGGAUCAGCUGUCUGCUACUGGAGAAGAACGACAGCCUCUGUGCUCGAGACAUCCUGCCUAAGACGCAGAGAACGAGGGCUGUGCUGUUGUUCUGGGAGGAGUGUGUGACUGACAGCAGCUCUCCUUUCUGCUGCCUCUCGGACACAUUCUCCAGGACGUUAAAGAAACGUUACAUACACAAGGUGAAGGCCAAGCAGCCCGGACAGUCAGAGAAAGUGUUCUCUCAGCUCCUGCAGCAGGUGCACACAGCCUGUCGGAUGGUGCCCAGCCCCCGGCCGCUCUGCAGCCCAGAGAGAGUGUCCCUCUUACAGCUGUCUGUCUAUCUGAAACGCUGGAGCAUCCUGGAUCUGGGAGAGCACAUCUCACGCCUCUCAAAAGAAGAGUACAUCCUGUCCGCCCUGAGGAGCCCCAAAAGGAGGCGGGCUUUAAAUAAGAUGAGGGGUCGGGGCAUUGCAGAGCUCCUCCCCCUGAGAUGCACGCUGCAGACUAUGGCGGCGCUGCAGCUCGACUCCAACCACAAAGUGUGCAAAGCUGCAGCCAGCUGUCUCUGCAGGGCUGCAGGCUGCAAGGCCUUCAGGAGCAAGGCAGUCGUUUACUACACAGAGAGUUUGAAAAGCACUGAUGUUCAGAUCCAACAAGGCUCCUGUCUGGCACUUAAAUGCCUCAGGGCGACAGAGAGUGUGGACUACAUAGCAGAUUUAUGGAAAUCAACAGAUGAAGAUCUGCGCAGCGCUGCCAAAGAAACCGUCCUCUCUUUCGGUAAAAAGGGCUACCUGGCCUUCCAGAGGAUGGACCAGCUGUACACUGAGAUGCAGGAGGAGGCGUACCAGAACCAAGAGACUGAGAUCACCUUUCUAUAGGAACAAAGAGCAGACUUUAAGAAGGUCUUUUUUCUGAUGGGAUCCAACAUGAAGUGUCUCUGUGAUCCUGAAGACAGGGGGGGAGACUAAAUGUAAAGAAAAUGUGUGCCCGAGGGGGAUGCCAGGAUGAGGAAUGGUACUUUAUUUUGUUUGUUGAAUAAAUCUGUGCUACCUUCAUGACAAAUACCAAAAGGGACGAGUUCAGAGGAAGAUCUAAAGAUGGUGACUUUGGAUCGCUGGCGAGAGAGUUUACUGGGAACCUGAAUUUAUAUUGGUGAAAUAUGAAGAGUUUUGUACAAAGAAUAAGAAGUUCAGUGCAGUGCCACAAUUUAACCUGCUAAGAUGUCUCAUGCAGCUGUAACAUUUGUCCAUUUAAAAGUUUUAUAUGGCCGUUUUUUUUAUUAAGGAUAAAUGUAUUAUUAUUAUUUCACAUAAUGUAUAAUGUGUGAUAAAAUAGCAUAACCCUAACAUUCAAAUAUCCUGUUAACAUUAAAUCCUGAGAGACUAAAUAAAUCUGCCUGAAUCCUUCCUGUCUGACAGUCAGGUUUUAAAAGAGGAAAUAAACCUCAUGCAGAAGGAUUCUACAAAUCUA